AGUUGCACAAAGAAAAUUUUGUUCACUCAACUCUUUCUGCUGUACAAUUUUUUUGUUCUGCACUCAUGGCAUUGAACCCAUUUUCAAGACCCACCAAACUCAUGUCCUUUUCAUCAAUAUUGCUUCUACUAGCCAUGCUCAUGCCUCUAGCCAAGGCUCAAAGUCCUAGAGAAACCACCAUAGUGUUAUACUUGCAAGACUUGGCAUCUGGGCCAGAUGCCACUGUUGUCCCAAUCACUGGCAUCCAGGGCAAGCCUCAAUCUUUCACCUCAUUUGGCACCAUUUUUGCCGUUGACGAUAUCAUCACAGAAACCCCGGAUAAAGUGUCGGCCCAAAUCGGUCGAGCUCAAGGCAUCCUAGUGGCCUCAUCCUUGUCUGGCUCCAAUGUGCAUGUUUCAAUGUCAGUUGCAUUCACGAAUGUGGAGUACAACGGUAGCAGCCUUGAGAUCCAAGGCAUCAGCCGCCAGUUUGAGAGGUAUAAAGAGGUCUCAGUGGUUUCAGGCACUGGAUCAUUCAGAUAUGCAAGGGGAUAUGCUACUCUUGAGACAGUUUUCUAUGACAAUAAGACCUCCUACUCGAUCAUUCGAUGCACUGUUAGGUUGCUUCCAAACAGUCAAUAGUUGCAGUCACUUUGAGAAAUGAUUGUAUUUUAGCUCUGAGCAUGCAAGAAAUUGAUGAACAUCUUUUUUUGGUGUCUCAUAGAAAUAAUAUUGGACCUUCCUUUUUAGCCAAAGCAGAACUCAAACUACUUCUUCUAGUCUCUUUGAUUGAGCACAUCCUACAAUUGGCCCCAACAAAAUCCAUCUUGG